UAAAGGAAAACAGGAAAUUUGUAAGACCUUGAGUUCAUUUAGAUUCAAAUUAAUAUACACUAUGAAACAACUUUCGCUACAGCAUAUAACAAAUUUAAAUGUGGGUUUCAUGACUUAUGUUUAGAGCUAAGAAGCAGGCUCAAAAAGUCAACUGCUACGAGCUGUUGGUUGGCCUGACCCCCAUUUUCAUUGCCUUAGCUCAACUUUAGACCAAGAAAUUUUUGGGCGUCUUAAAGGAGCUUUCCCUGUGCCACACACUUAAACUUGUAUCCACACGCACGGCUAGUGGAAACAAAUCAACUCUGUUUUGGCGCCAUGCGGCGUAGUUGCUCUGCACUUUGCCUUCACUUUGGCAGACCGACAAACGCGACCGCGACUCUCGGCCAGAAAGCCAGAACAGAGCAGAGCAGAGAGCCAGGCCAAAAGGCAAAGGCAAUGGCAAAGGCAGUGGCAGCCGGGCCAACUAGUUUUUCUUCAGUUCCUACUUUUGGCUUUUAUUGUGCACGGGGUUUGUGUUGUUUAGUGUGCCACUGGCGCUAACAACGUGCGGUUCACUCUUGCGGUCUUGUCGCCGACCGGUAAAGCCAGUAAGCGGAAUAAAACCAACACCGAUUCCGGGCCUCUAAACAAAGGUUUAAACAAGAUCUGUGCAGAUUACACAAGUUCUUUGAACUCCCCCCCAAAAUAUCCCUAUCCCCUUUUUGGGGUUGUGUAACCCAUCAGGCGACCCAUGUCCUUUCUCUCGCCCACACUGCGACUGGAAAAUCUGUCCACGCAGCCCACGAUGACGCAGGAUCAUGUGCCCGAGGACCAGCGCUAUAACAAACAGAACAUCGUGGCACAAUGGUGCAGUCCCAUCAAUGGAAAGAUGUACCGCAUCGAGCUGGAACACGGAACCACCAGUGGGAGGCGCAUGAUUUGGGUCAAUGGACGGGAGGUCCUGCGUCGCGACUGGAUGUUCAAGCUGGUGGGCGAGGACACCUUUCACAUCGAUCAGACGCGCUGCAUCAUACGCGUUGAUCCUGCGCCGGGUUUCAAGUACGAGUACUCCCUCUACAUCGAUGGCAAGUCGCACGAGCAGUACACCGAGGAUAUAACCAGGCAGUAUCGACUGUGGCUCUACACAUGCGAUUCAGAGGCGGAGGCGAGGCAGGAGUACAGGAUAAUGCUCAAGCUGGACACGCUGAGUCUGUACGUAAACGACGAGCUGCGCACCGAGGAGUCGGUUUUCGUUCACGGCGGCACAGACACCAAAUUCCUGCUGCAGGACACGGAAUUCGUGCUUCAGGCACGCUCAAGUGGCAAUAAACAUGAUGGCAUCGUUCACACUCUGCUGGCCAAUGGGGUGCCAGUUCCGGAGGCAAAGAUUCAGGAGAUUAUGCAAGAGCCGGUCUCCAUUUUGCAGGGCAACUGAGGCACCGGCAC